AAUGGUUAGUUUGGAGCGCCAAGAUUGAUGCUUCAGUAUUUAUUUACAUAUAAAAGAACGAGUAGUUAUAUAAUUUGUUUUCUUAACUUGAUAAUUUGUAAUUUAAAAUUAUAAAUUAAAUUUAGAAGGCAUUUAAAAAUGUAUCGUGAUUGAUAUUAUCAAUAUUAUUUUAGCUAUAUUUCGAACACACUUAAACUUGUUUUGUCUAUCAGAGAACGUUUACCUUUCACUGUGAAUUAAUGUAGACAUGGCAAAUUUUGAAAAUGAAAGCAAUAUAAGUGAUAGGGAAUUAAACGAAAGUAAUAUUAGUACGGGAGCAGAAAAUUCUCAAGAUUUUCAAGAAGAAAUUGAGAAUAAUGCACGUACCGAUGAAGAACAGAAAGAAAAAUUAGUAAAACUACCAUUAGGCAGAAUAAAAACUAUUAUAAAAAUGGAUCCUGAAGUGAAUAUGAUUAACCAAGAAGCUGUUUUUUUAAUUGCAAAAUCUACGGAACUUUUUAUUGAUUCCCUUGCUAAAGAAUCAUAUAAAUAUACAGCACAGAUGAAAAAAAAGACUGUACAAAAACGAGAUGUAGAAAGCGCAAUCAAUAACGUUGAUGCACUUGUAUUUUUGGAAGGAAUGCUAAAUUACAAUUAGGUGACCUUUAGUUUGUAUACUUGAUGUAAUAUAAUAAUGAUACUAAUAGUCAUAGAUACGUAUAUGUUUUGUGAUAGAUAUAUUUUUAUAUUAAAACAAAAACUUACAAAUAUUGUAAAAUAUGUAAACAUACCUAUGGUAUAUAUGUAAUAUGUAUAAAAUGAAAAAAUUCACAUGUUUAACGUUUUAAA